CAUGAUUACAUUCUGAACCUUUGAGCUCUGUUCUGCUCAUCAGAUUCCCCCUGUGCAAGGGCUUGGCAGUUUGCAGAGACCAGGAAGAAGAGCCGUCAGUCAUAUAAAUACGAGCAUUUGCAACUUGUACAAUUUCAGAGCAGCAACUGGGACGGAAAGAACUCCUGACGACACCUAUUCAGACAUAUAUAUAUGGUCAACAUCAUGAAGUUCUGGACACCUCUCCCCGUGAUGUUCCUCUGUAUGGUUCUACUGUCUGUGCUGGGAGGAGUGAAGGAAAGAUAUAACAGGGGGGAAUUGUUCCUUGAUGAGUGCUGGGGAGAGCCAACCAUCCGAGACUGUAGCAAGAGGUGUUCUAGAAGCUUUAGAUGUGUAAAAAUAAAUCACACAUGCUGCUGGACCUACUGUGGAAACAUCUGCUGGGAAAAUACAAUAUCUUCCUGGAGCUUCUUAAUUAGGCAUUCUGAGUCUGCUUAUGACACAGAGAGCUAUGAGACGUGGGAUGGAGUACACUUGCUGAUGAAGGCAUCAUUAUGAACCCACCUGUGAACACUGGGGGCAGUCAAAGCAUGGAGCAAG